AUGAAUGCUCACCCACGGAUUUUCACUUUCCCCUGUUGUUAUCUAUUCUCAUACAUAAUACUUUCUACCACGCGCAGCUCUUACUUUCUCCUCCCGAUUCAUUUACACUCGCACGCACGCAUAUUCUCUCUCUCUCUCUCUCUCUCUCUCUCUCUCUCUUUCACCCUCUCUUAUAAGGAGAAUCUAUUGUGCAAUCUCUUCUUAGUUAAGCUAAUAAUUUUUCGGCACCCUUUCGUAUGUAACGUGGGCAUUUUUAUGGCUAUUUCUACUGUUUUUCCUUUCAUUCAUUUAUCUUCUAUCCUCUCUCUCUCUCUCUCUCUCUCUCUCUCGUUACCCUCACAACUCUCUGGAACAGAAGCUCUAGCAAUCGAAAUCAUAUCUAUCUAUCUAUCUAUCUAUCUAUCUAUCUAUCUAUCUAUCUAUCUAUCUAUCUAUCUAUUUCUAAAUGAAUUCAGGUGA